AUGUUGAUGAGGAUCAUGCAGAGCUUGCUAACUGUGGCCUGCAGCCUGCAUGCAACUCCUGCGCCCUCUGUGCUCUGCCUGCCUAGGCCCUGGAGGGUGAGGAUGGGCGCUGUUCUGAAGCUGUGCAUGGGACCUGCUCUGCUCUCCUUCCCUAAAUUCACAGAGAAACAGGAAUGGAUAACUAUAGAAAAUGGUAUUGGAACAGUGGGAAUCAGCAAUUUUGCACAGGAAGCUCUGGGAGAUGUUGUUUAUUGUAGUCUGCCUGAAGUUGGGACAAAAUUGAAAAAACAAGAUGAGUUUGGUGCUUUGGAAAAUGUGAAAGCUGCCAGUGAACUCUAUUCUCCUCUAUCAGGAGAAGUAACUGAAAUUAAUGAGGCACUUGCAAAAAACCCAAGGCUUGUGAACAAAUCUUGUUAUAAAGAUGAUUGGCUGAUAAAGAUGACACUGAGUGACUCUUCAGAACUAGAUGACCUAAUGAGCGAAGAAGCAUAUGAGAAAUAUGUAAAAUCUAUUGAGGAGUAA